UCCUUCCAACCUUAUUUCUAGACAACAGCCUGAUCGCUGGGCGUGUGCUGGUCAACUCGUUAUGACAUCUAUGUUAGCACGUCAGACAUGUAGUUAGGACCACAGCUUCGUUACAGAAUGACUCUUUCCAAAGUGGCUGUGUUGCUACUGGUGCUUCACUGCAUCACAGGACGAGGUCUCAGAGCAGCCAACGGUGACGAAGGGUCAACAUAUACAACUGACGACAUAGAAAGUUCACAAAUCAGCAAAGAAGAUCACGAAAGCGACAACAUACACGACGUACUUCGGCAGAUGGGCAUCUACAUUGACGAUGACACAAAUCAAAAACAUUUGGACGAUAAAAAGGACCAAGCAGCCAACAGUGAAGAAGAGUCAUCUUAUACAACUGACGACAUAGAAAAUGCACGAGAAGAUCAGGAAAGCGACAACAUACACGACGUACUUCGUCAAAUGGGCAUCUACAUUGACGAUGACACAAAUCAAAAACAUUUGGGCGAUAAAAAAGACCAAGUCAAAACCAAAGAAGCAGCAUCACAAGUCACUGCCUCGGGCGCAGACGACAUUUACGACAUUCUUCGAGCCAGGGGACUCAAUAUAGUUGACGAUGACGCACAUGCAGACAAAAGUACCAGAAAGCAAGAAGAGCGCGGAGUUCUCAUCACGGGUCAAAAGGAUGACUCAGCAGACAAACCUAUCAACGUCAUCAACAACGAGAUCUACAUUCCCAAACGACUUUGGGACAAAUAUGUUCGAGAAGGAAAAAUCCGCAUUAUCAACAACAUGAUUAACGUCUACUUACCCCAGCCUAUAGACCUGCCAGGAGGCAAAGAUGAAUAUCACGCCAAUCUGCCCAGUGGCCCCAUGACGAUUCAGGUGGGGGCCGAGCCUGAUACCCUGGGGGACACAAAACUGGAGAAGGGGAAGGCCGUCCUCCCUAGCGUCGUGUUGGGAAGGAUCGCGAAAAGAGACACAACGUCGACUUCAGAUGAAGAUAUUGGCACUGUAGAAAGAAAUAAACGGAGCGAGAAAGCUGACACAUCAGAACGUAAAAAAGAAGAGGAGGACGUCGGAUUAAAAGAACAACACUACGACUGACAUGUCUCAACACUGGAAAAGAGUCCACACAAUGUGGUCUAACCGUGUGUUGGAUUCUGUAAAGUUUUAAAGUGAUUGUAGAACUGCUAAUGAAGCAUCGAAUCAAUAAUUAAGUGAGAUACAAUAAUACUGUUAACGACAUUUGUUAGGGAAUAUAAUUGGUGUAUGGAACUGUUAUACUGAUCAUUAUUGUAUCCGACAUAACAAGGUGAUGUAAAUGCAGACCAUUGGAAUAUGGCGGAAUAUAGAUCUGUAUCAUUGACUAAGCAAUGUACAGAAAUGGAUUCGCAUGCCUUUUUCUAGGUCUGACAUAUUUCGAUGGACAAGAAGCGUAUGAAUUAACAAAUGAUGAAUAAAAAAGUUAAAAAAACCUUCAAACACUGUGCACUUUUCCCCCACCCUGUACUAUUCUGUACCAUCCCCAGUAUUGGUGCUGAUGUGCUAUCCCCCACCCUGUACUAUCCUGUACCAUCCCCAGUCUUGGUGCUGAUGUGCUAUCCCCCACCCCGUACUAUUCUGUAUCAUCCCCGGUAUUGGUGCUGAUGUGCUAUCCCCCACCCUGUACUAUUCUGUACCAUCCCCAGUCUUGGUGCUGAUGUGCCAUCCCUCACCCUGUACUAUUCUGUACCAUCCCCAGCCUUCGUGCUGAUGUGUCAUCCCUCACUAUGUACUAUUCUGUACCAUCCCCAGUCUUGUUGCUGAUGUGCUACACCCCACCCUGUACUAUUCUGUAUCAUCCCCAGUCUUGGUGCUGAUGUGCCAUCCCUCACCAUGUACUAUUCUGUACCAUCCCCAGUCUUGUUGCUGAUGUGCUAUCCUCACCUUGUACUAUUCUGUACCAUCCCCAGUCUUGGUGCUGAUGUGCUAUCCCCCACCCUGUACUAUUCUGUACCAUCCCC